GUGUUUUGGGUGCGAAUACAAUGAAUUCGCAUGUUGGUGACAUUGUCAUGGCCGAUGAAAAUAAUAGUCAUAAAAUCGUAGCACACAGUAAAUAAUGACAGAAUUUACUAAGUUCACAAUUUAUAUAGAAUGCUAAAGAUUUUAAUGAUUUAUCACACGAAAUAGAAUUUACGGCAGUGGCAAUUGACGAAUUGUUGUGUCUCACACAAGAAAACAUAAACGUUGUGCAUUUAUUGUGUUUUGUGUCAAUAGCGCGAGUAGAAAGAUAGAGAGAGAAAAAAAAUACAUGAAAUUUAAACGCUAAAGAAAAUUCCUGUGGAAAUUGUGAAAAUGAGAACGGAUGUGCGUGUGAAUGACUGUCUUCAUCAAUAGGCCAGGAAAAAAAGCAAGUUAAUGAAUGAAGUGGAAAACAUUUGCCAUUACGAAACAUACAACUGAACGAACAGAAAACUAAUUUAUUUAAUGAAACGAAACGUAACAAAACAGGCCUUAAGUGUGUUGUUGAUAAGAACGGAGUGUGUGUUUCGAAUCAAUGAUGAUAUGAGUGGCGAUGACCGCUAUUCUUAGAGUGUAUAUUUCCAAGUCAUUCAUAAGAUUUUGCGGAAAAAUACCGAAUCACAACUAAUUUUAAAUUCACACCUUCUCCCUCACUCUCUCUCUCUCCAUCCUCAACUUGAGAUCGAUCGAUUUUCAUUCAAGCGAACGGCGCGAGAUAAGAGCAAAAAGAAAAACUACAUAAACGAUGGAUAUCAUAUGAGUUAAUGUUUGCUGUAUGCCGUUGCUUUUUUCCCCUUUGAUUCACAUUUAUUUCGGUGUCAGUGUAAAAUUGGUAGCCGAUGCUAUGCAUAUCUAUUGCUGCUUGGAAUUCCAAAAUCGUCGAUUCUAUCGCAUGCCUAGCGGUUCAUAAAUAGCGACCAUUUGUAGGCAAUCCAAAGUGAUUCGGUGCUGUUUGAACUGUUUUAUAUUUCACACUCUCAACAAUGCAGCACCUGUCAUAAGUGUCAGCUAAGCAUUUCAAUUUCUACACACAAACCAAAGCGCUCAAAUACGGGGAACAAUAAAUGCAUCUACUAAUCUAGUCGAAUAGAAACCGUCAAACAUAUACGCAUAGUUUUAACACACAAAUACAUCUCAGCCAGAGAGGUAAUCAGGAUGUCUACCGGAAAGGAUCAGCAAAAGGCCCGUGGAAAUAAGGUGGCCGCUGGUUGGGAGGAAGCCGGCGGUGAAUUCUAUCAAGAAUCUUUCCCAACCGGCGAUUUGGAUGGCGCCGUUAUCACACGAGAUCCAUCCGCACUUGCCACACUGCUACCUUCGAAACAGAAUCGGGCCGCAACCACGAAAAGGGUUCGACGUGAUCGUGCGGCAGCGGCUGGCACAAGUAAGCAAGGCGGUGGAAAUACGGCAGCCGAUCGAUGUACAAAUCGAAAACAUAGUAUAUCUACAUCGCGACAGCAUCACUCAAUCAGACGCGGAUCUCAAUUUCAUGAAGUUCAUAUUGCAAUGCUCCCAGAUUUAUCUGAAAAUCUGACGGACGAGGAGCGCAUAUGGGAAGAAAUCCAUGAAAUCAAAUCGAUGCCAGUGUCAAUGGCGCAGAAACGUGAUAUGAAGGCUCAAUUACAAAAUGCGACAAAACUGCGACUGCAGGGUUUUGAUCAGUUUAAGUGGCAACGACGAAAAGUGUGCCAGCAAUUCCAUGCCAAAUGGUCGGAAUGGUGGAUAAAAAUGGCAUUGUGGCGAAAUUCGCUCAAAACCAUUGAAGGCAAUUGCGGGACGGGCGUUGUGGCAUACUUUCAUUUCCUGCGCUGGUUGAUCUGUUUAAAUUUAAGUGUUUUUAUUUUAAUUUUGAUAUUUAUUGUUCUGCCACAAGUAAUUCUAAGUCCAACACAUGAAGAGCCGAAUGUAUCGUGCAACGAAAACACUGAACGUAAUUCGACUGAAUGCUGCUUCCAAGAGUAUUUCUAUAAGAAAACGCAUAGCGAUGUCAUUGUAUGGGAUUUGAUUCAGGGGAAGCGAUUUAUGGAGAAGACAAUCAUGUUUUAUGGCAUGUAUUCGAAACGAGUGUUCGGCACAACAAUUGGAGGUGACGACAGCAGCAGUAGCAACAGCCAUUUGAAUAGCACCACUGUAGAUACUCAGUUCAUCGAUGAUGAAUCCAACAGUAGUGGCAUUGAUCAAUCGACAAAGCCGACGAUUUCGAAUGGUAUAUUGGAUCUCAGCGGUUUGCAAUUUUACUUUAAUUUACCAUUGGCCUAUCUCUCAGUGAAUGUGGUAUUUCUAUUGAUGUCACUGGUGGCAAUCGUUAAGUCGGUGUCACGCGAAUUUAAGGAUCGUAUGGUCGAGGGCGAGGGGCAAUUUUAUCAAUAUUGCAAUUUAGUGUUUGGCGGAUGGGAUUUUUGUAUACAUAAUCAAAAAUCGGCGCACAUCAAACACAAAGCACUGUUGAAUGAGAUAAAAGGACUUUUACAAUCGAAACGCAUGGAAUUGGAGCGUUGCAAUCGGCCGAAAGAUUUAAUGUUUAAAAUCAUUAUGAUUCGCUUGCUGGUGAAUUUAAUCGUAUGCGUAAUUCUUCUGGUAGCUGCCUGGAUCAUUUACGAAUCCAUCAAUUUCAGUUUGAAAGCAUACGAGAUUCAUUUUGAUCUUGGUCCCGGCCAGAAUAAACUCCCAGGCAGCAUUGGCUACGAAACAGCCAGCGAAAAACCGGACGACGACGAAGACAGUGGCGGCGGCGGCGACAAGGAGACCAAACACAUAUAUAAUCUUCUGCAUGACUUAUUCGUCGAAUUUUUACCAUACAUUACCAUUGUAUGCAUGAAUUUUUUGGUGCCAUUACUAUUUAAUUAUCUCGUGCAAUUCGAACAGUAUUCACCGAUGUUUGUUAUCAAAAUCACGCUAUUGCGCACAGUUUUCUUGCGUUUAUCAUCGCUUGGGGUUCUAUUGAGUCGUUUCCACUAUUUGGUCACAUCGAAAUUCAAGCAGAACACCGGCGAAUGCAACUCCAGCUAUGGUCCAUUACAAUGUUGGGAAACAUUUGUCGGUCAACAAUUCUACAAACUGCUGGUAGUUGACUUUGUUACACAUGUAUUUGUAACGUUAUUCAUCAAUUUUCCACGUGCAAUGUUGGCACGGCACAUAAACAGUCGCUUCACACGAUUCAUUGGCGAACAAGAAUUUGAAUUGUCAAAACACGUGCUCGACAUUGUGUAUUCGCAAACAAUUUGUUGGCUUGGCACAUUCUAUUCACCAUUCAUACCGGCCACCGCUGUUGUACUACAUUUUGGCAUGUUUUAUGUGAAAAAGUUUGCGUGUCUGAUCAAUUCAAAGCCAUCAGCAAUACUGUACCGGGCAUCACGUUCCAAUUCGUUGUUCAUGUUGGUGCUACUUUUGUCUUAUGUAUUGGCCGUGAUACCAAUCGUGUACGCAGCGGCCGAAAUAAUGCCAUCGCGUGCAUGUGGACCGUUUCGUGGUUUGGAUUCGGUGUGGGAGGCGGCGAUUAAUGCAUUCCGCGAAUUGCCCGUUUAUUGCCAGACAAUUAUUUUCUUUUUCGGCACCGCCACAUUUGCUGUACCAUGUUUUGUCGCUUUAAUUCUCUGCUUGUACUAUUAUUAUGCCGUUUCGGCGGCCAAUAAGCAUAUGGUUGAAAUGCUAAAGAAUCAACUAGUGCUCGAAGGACAUGACAAACAAUUUUUAUUGAAUCGAUUAAGCUCAUUUUUAAAGCAACAACAAGAUUAUCAGAAGAAAAUGGAGCAUAGCUCAUCGGUGCCACCACAACCGCCACCACGAGAACCGAUAGUCAACCAAUAGCGAAACGUAUUUUAAAUGCGAACACGCAUCACACACUUACUCCCUCACAAUAUUUAUACAUAAACAGCAAACAAACAAACAAACAAUAGACUGAUCACACUUACACACAUUUUUUUGAAUACUGUGUUCUUUUUAAGUUUUCUUUUACCCAUCCAACGAGAUACGUUCAAUUUAACGGAACUGAAAUAAAUUAAGAGAAAUAAAGAAUUAUCUUAAAUCACAAUUUCAACUGUAAUGAAUCCUUUUAACACACACACACACACACAUUAAACGUACCAUUUAUAUGCAAGAAUAGUGUUCAUUUGAUACCAAAACAAGUAUAAGAAGAAAAACUAAGCGAAAAUCACAAUAUUCAAAACAAUUUUAUCUAAGUCUUUAUUAUGAAAUAAAAUCUAGAAAAUAAACAUCAUUCGAAUGCUGAAA